UAGAACUGCACAUAUAUGCUCACGUGGAGUUGUUAUUAGUUCCCAAGUCUGCACAUACAGCUCCUCAGGAGUGACUCUCCUGGAAUGACACAUUCUGUCAUUGGACAUUACAAACCUGGAAUGAUGAACAUAAUGAAUGAGGAGCAGAUGGAGAACGGAAUGGACUCCGAUGAUGAUCUUCAACCCGAGGAGAUACCCGAGUACCUGAAAGACAGGAGAAGAGCCAAGUCCUUACCUGCGUAUCCAGAGCAGGCGAAUCUGUACCACCAGAUCUCCCAGAGCUGCAGAAAGCGCGUGAAGUUCGCGGACGCGCUCGGGUUGAAUCUGGCGAGCGUCAAGCACUUCAGCACCAGCGAGGAUCCUCAUAUUCCCGCCAAAGUGUUUAACAGGCUGAAGAGUUUCCCUCUUCAUAAGGACCGGGAGAUCAUGGAUGACUUGUGCGUGAACAUCAAGUCCACUCUGGCACUGGACUAUCUGGUCCCCACGUUCAAGAUGCCCGUGGACUCCGGUGACAUCGAGAUGCGGCUCGCGCGCUAUCGCGUCGCGCUGGAAAGCGUCACGGUCACACAGUUUGAUGUCCGUGGGAUCAUACGGGCGAUGGGUAGGAGAGAGGUUGGGGUCAGGUAUACUUUCAACGACUGGCUCUCGUUCGUGGACGCGCAAGCCAUCCCCGUGCCCACCGAGGACAAGACGCGCGGAGAGCGCUUCUCCUUCACCAUGUACACGCCUCCUUUCUUAGAUCCGAGCGCUUCUGUGCACUUCGCCGUGUACAUGAGGGAAGAUAACUCUGAGUUCUGGGACAACAACGAUGGGCUGAACUAUUCCCUGAAGUACCACAGCUCGACAUCCAUUGAGACCGCAGCUUUCCACGCGAUAUGAAAUGACGCGCUUUUACGCACGGCACGCUGAGCCAAAUUGGUGCGGUUUGACCACGCAAAUGACUGAAACGAAGGACUGAUAUUACAAACUAUACAUGCAUGUGCUCUCAGGGGGAUGUCAACAAGGUUAUACGAUGAGUGGAUCAAGUCAAGCCACCUUUGAUUCUAUAGCGCUUAAUACAAUGCAGAUUUUUGAAAGCAGCUUCACAGUGUUAAACAGGAAAAUCUGCCGUAAAGCAGCUCUAAAAAGACAACAGUGUCAUUAUUCAGUUCAGUUCAAUAACUAAGUUCGUUAAUUAUUAAAUGAGUUCAAUUCAGCUAUAAGCAGCUCUAUAGAAGACAAUAGCGUUGUUUUCCAGCUCGAGUUUAGUCAGUUCAAUAACAGUGGUGAUGUUGCAAAAUUGGUUAAUUAUGAAACAUAGUAGUAUCAGAUAAAAAGCUCUGUGGUGUUUUCAUCCAGCUCAAUUCAGUAAAGUUUUGUUCUCAUCCAAUAGUGUGAAAAUAAAUGGAUGGCAUUGAAAGUAAUGUCCUGGUAUUAAAAUCUGUUUUAAAUGAAUAGUUUACCAAAAAAAAAAAAAAAAAAAAAAAAAUUGUUUAGUUGUUCCAAACCCAAAAGUUGUUCCUUGGAAAAC